GGGGGAGAGACUGAUUUAUUUCCACAGCUGAGAGCUCCUCUAUGGUUUGUCGUAGAUUUUCGGACAGACAGUUGAGAGGUGAAGAGUAACAAGAGAGCCGAAAAGAGUGAGGGAAAGAAGGGGAAAAAAUACUGAGUGCAGGAGGAGGACUGUGGACAUGGAUGCCCUAGCACUAGAGGCCACCAGCACUAAAAAGCCAUCUAACGGGGCGGCAGCGGUGGCUGCCCCGCUACCGGCUCAAGCUCCGGUCAAGCGCAAAGCUGCUAAAAAAACUAAAAAGGCUGUUGUUUUCUUUGAGGUGGAGAUACUGGAUGCCAAGACCAAGGACAAGCUCUGCUUCCUGGACAAGGUCGAGCCAAAUGCCACUAUCGGAGAGAUCAAGUCUAUGUUCCACAAGAGCCAUCCUCAGUGGUACCCAGCCAGGCAGUCCAUUCGCCUCGACCCCAAGGGGAAGUCUCUGAAGGAUGAGGAUGUUCUGCAGCAUCUCCCUGUGGGAACCACAGCAACCUUCUACUUCAGAGACCUGGGAGCCCAGAUCAGCUGGGUCACAGUCUUUCUGACGGAGUACACCGGUCCUCUGGUCCUCUAUCUGAUGUUCUACUUCAGAGUUCCCUUCAUCUACGCGCCCAAAUAUGACUUUACCACCAGUAAACACUGGGUCGUACAUCUCGCCUGUAUGUGUCACUCUUUCCACUUCUUUAAGAGGCUGCUGGAGACGCUGUUUGUCCAUCGCUUCUCUCAUGGAACAAUGCCGUUACGUAACAUCUUCAAGAACUGUACCUACUACUGGGGCUUUGCAGCAUGGAUGGCCUAUUACAUUAACCACCCACUGUACACACCACCCAUCUACGGGGAGCAACAAAUCAGACUGGCUCUCGUCAUAUUCUUGUUCUGUCAGAUCGGCAACUUUUCCAUCCACAUUGCUCUUCGGAACCUCCGUCCACCAGGCUCUAAGACCAGAAAGAUUCCCUAUCCAACCAAGAACCCCUUCACCUGGAUCUUCCUGCUGGUCUCCUGCCCCAACUACACCUAUGAGCUGGGCUCCUGGCUUGGCUUCACGCUGAUGACCCAGUGUCUGCCGGUGGCCUUCUUCACUUUGGUGGGUUUCAUCCAGAUGACUGUGUGGGCCAAGGGGAAGCACCGCAGCUACCUGAAGGAGUUCCGCGACUACCCUCCUGUCCGCUCACCCAUCCUGCCCUUCAUCCUGUAGAGGACUACUUGACCGCUCCCCUCGCCCCUUCCGCUCUCCCUGCUUGUAGGAGUCAAAUACACCCCCUCCUAAACUGAGAGUGUGCUCUCCAUUUUUCUACCCUCCAAAAUCUCCACUGGAACUUAGUAGACUACUGACUGAAAGAAUCUAACCCUGUACCCUUUUCCUUUCCUCCCCCCCAACCAAAUUUUCUUUUGCUUCCCAUCUGCCAUCCCUGUAAUAUUGAGUGCAAAUGUGAAGCACUCGAUUGCUUUUUUAAAUUGCCCACAAACCCAUUCUGAUUGGUUAACCGACAUGUGUUUGAGCUCCCAGAGCAGAUAUUCACCUUCAAACUACCCAGUGUAUAUCAAUGGCAUACUGUACAUAGAUAAUGUUAAAGGAACACGGCGACUUAUUGGGAAUUUAGCUUAUUCACCGUAUCCCCCAGAGUUAGACAAGUC